AUGAUUCAACUUUUCAAACUAGCAGGACCUGUGUUCAUUUCGCUGCUGAUGAUCUCUCUCAUCGGUUUUGUCAGCACAGUGUUCAGUGGUCAUCUGGGGGAAACUGAGCUUGCAGGCGUGGCAUUAGCAGUAGCGGUUAUUAACGUAACUGGUAUUUCAGUUGGCACUGGAUUGGCAUCGGCCUGUGAUACACUCAUAUCUCAGACGUAUGGGAGUGGAAACCUCAAGCGUGUGGGAGUCAUUCUCCAAAGAGGUGUUUUGAUUCUGCUCCUGGGCUGCUUUCCCUGCUGGGCAAUCCUCAUCAACACGGAGCCCAUCCUACUCGCUGUCAAACAAAGCCCAGACGUUGCACGACUUUCGCAGCAGUAUGUGAAGAUCUUCAUGCCUGCUCUGCCAGCUGUCUUCAUGUAUCAGUUGCAGGGGAGGUAUCUACAGAAUCAGGGUAUUAUCUGGCCUCAGGUGAUAACUGGAGUCAUUGGGAAUGUUCUCAAUGUAAUUAUCAACUACAUCCUCCUCCACACGCUGGAUCUGGGUGUUGUUGGAUCUGCAGCAGCGAAUGCUAUCUCACAGUCAUCUCUGGCUGUCAUCCUGUACAUUUACAUUCGCUGGACGGGGUUACACAAAGCGACAUGGUAUGGUUGGUCGCUGGACUGUCUGCAGGAAUGGGGUCUGUUCACACAGGUGGCCAUUCCCAGCAUGCUUAUGAUCUGUCUCGAGUGGUGGAUGUUUGAAAUGGGAGGAUUCCUGGCUGGUGUGAUCAGUGAGGUUGAGCUGGGAGCUCAGUCGGUUGUUUAUCAGAUAGUCUCUGUUACAUUUACGUUCCCAAUGGGAUUUUCAGUAGCUGCCAGUGUGCACGUUGGGAAUGCUCUUGGUGCUGGAAAUGUAGAUCAGGCUGUUGCGUCUGGAAAGAUCGCCAUCAUCUGUGCAUUUGCAGUCUCGUGCUUUGUUGGAAUUAUUCUUGGAUUAUGUAAGGAUGUGAUAGGUUACAUCUUUAUAACUGAAAAAGAAAUUGUUCAGCGGGUUGCUGAUGUCAUGAUCAUAUAUGUGUUCUUCAAUCCUGCAGAAGCGAUUGCGGGUGUCACAGGGGGCAUUGUACGAGGAGCAGGGAAACCAAAAAUUGGGGCCAUCUGUAACGUGUUGGGAUAUUACUGCAUCGGCUUUCCUGUUGGACUGUCCCUGAUGUUUGCUGGCAAAAUGGGCAUCGUAGGACUGUGGUUGGGGCUUUUCAUUUGUGUCACUCUACAAUCCAUAUUCUUUAUCAUUUUCCUGUGUAAACUAAAUUGGAGAAAGGCCUCAGAAGAGGCGCUGGUGAGAGCAGGAGUCCAGGCUGCAGAAAAGAAAGAAGUUUUAGAAAUGAGAAACACGGGACAUGCCCUUGCUGCUUGGAGAGAGACCCAGAUAAACAUCAUUUCAUCUAAUCUGAGUUUUGAAGAGGGAAACUCAAACCUGCAGGUACUCGGUCCAGGCCAUGAUGGGACAGCCAGUGCUCCAGUACCACAGCCUCUGUUGGUCAGGCAGCUGGUGUUGCGUCGUGGUCUGACGUUGCUGUUCAUGGUUCUCAUCCUUGUUGGUGGGAUCUGCACCAGCGAGCUGCUCAUCAAACUACUGAAAAAACCAAUAUAAUAUAUAUGAUAUACUACUGACUCCUGGCUGCAGUGUGUCUGCAAGUGUCUGGUUACAUAACGUGCAACAUCAUUUUGGCAACAUAGCAGACAAAGUAGUAGGCCUGUGCUGAAAAUAGACUGUAUUAAAGUCUAACUUUGGAUUUUUCUAUUUAGAAAGUCAUAUUUUGUUUCUUUCUACAAUAAAAAUCUGCUUGAAAUCUCGAUCUACAGCUGCUCUUGUAGAUUGAAGUUUGACUUGUUUGAAAAGCAAUGUUGAUUUAAUAGUUACAGUAUCUUUUAUACAUACAUAAUGUAAAACAUAAAACCUGUAUUUUCAUCAGUAUUUUCCCCACAAGGCAAAAUCUGUUUUGGUUCCAUCAUGUGAGGCAAGUUUGUAACGUACAAAACACAUUGAAGUUCUGCCAAUAGAAGCAGAUACUU